UAUUGUCUGUCUAUAGCAGUCACCUUUCGAUUUUUCCUAUAUACUUCUCCACAAUUUCCUAUUUUGUCUUAGUCACUUAACCAAACAACCAUGUCUUCUUCUCCCACAUUUUCUUCCUUUGUCACCAUUUUUAUGUUCCUCUUCUUCCUCAAUUUACCCUUCUUCAAUUCUCAACUACCAAUCAAGGCCACCAUUCGGCGUGCGCCUCGACAACUCUCCGUUAACUACUAUGCCAAAUCAUGCCCUCAAGUUGAAUCUCUGGUAGGCUCUGUAACUUCCAACAUGUUCAAAGAAGCCCCUGCCUCUGGUCCUGCCACCAUUCGUCUUUUUUUCCAUGAUUGCUUUGUUGAAGGGUGUGAUGGGUCAAUAUUGAUAUCAAGUAAAGCAGGAAGCAAAGAAUUAGCAGAGAAAGAUGCAGAAGAUAACAAGGAUAUAGCUAAAGAGGCAUUUGAGGGCAUAAAUAAAGCCAAAGCUAUUGUAGAAAGCAAGUGUCCUGGUGUUGUUUCUUGUGCAGACAUUCUUGCCAUUGCUACCAGAAAUUUUGUCCACUUAGUUGGAGGACCCUAUUAUGAAGUGAAGAAAGGAAGAUGGGAUGGGAAGUUAUCAAAGGCAUCAAGGGUGCACCAUAAUCUUCCACAAUCAAAUUCAACAGUGGACCAACUUUUAAAACUUUUUUCCUCUAAAGGGCUCACCUCAGAGGACCUUGUGGUCCUCUCAGGUGCACAUACAAUAGGUUUUGCACAUUGCAAGCAAUUUGUGAACAGAAUUUAUAACUACAAAGGGACCAAGAAACCUGACCCUUAUAUGGAUCCUAGGCUUUUCAAGGCCUUAAAAAUGUCAUGUCCACAAUAUGGUGGAAAUGUUGAUAUUGUAGCACCAUUUGAUGUGACAACACCUUUCUCAUUUGACAAUGCUUAUUAUGGGAACUUAGAGGCUAAAUUGGGAUUAUUGGCUUCUGAUCAAGCUUUGUCUUUGGACCAAAGGACUAAGCCACUGGUUCAAGAAUUGGCUAAGGAUAAACAUAAGUUUUUUCAAGCUUUUGCUGAUGCUAUGGAGAAAAUGGGAGGUAUUGGGGUCAAAAGGGGAAGAAAACAUGGGGAAUUUAGAAAAGAUUGCACUAUGCAUCAUGUGUGAUUUUUGUGUGUUAUUGGAUUAUUUUAUUUUUCACCUAAUUAUUUAUUUUUAUUAUUAUUUGAUUAUUUCUUCUAAUUUUGUUGAAGGAAUCUUGUACUGCUUGAACACAUCUGUGAUAUCUCCUUGGAGAAAGAGGAGAAUUGAGAUUAAAAGAGAAAAAAAAUAACUCUCCCUUUUUUUGUCAUUUA